AUGUUUAUUUUGCUGACUUUGAUGUGGAAUAUGAUCGCUUCUGCAGGUAAGAGAGAAUGGAUCGUAAAUCAAAACAUUAGUAAUCUAAUAUUUUUGGUCACAAUAUAUAUGUAUAUGGAAUGAUUAACUGGAAGCGAAUGUUGGAAAGUGUAAAAGAGAUUGUUGAAUGUCAAAGCUCAUAACAGCCACUCAUAAUUGCAAUGCAUUUUCAGUUUAAGAGUCGGUUAAGCGGCUGAAUUUGCAUUUGAAAGAAAACGUUCUAAAUAGUAUUAUACAGUAUUUCAAGCUGUUGAUGUUUUUAUUUUCGAUUAACCUUUCAUGUUGUGUAGGGCCGGCAGGGUUGGUCAAAGCUAGGGCCUACGCCAAACUCAUUAGCGAGUUAAGUUCGUGAAAAGUUCGGCAUCUGGCUCCGUUAAGUUCAUUUAAAUGAGAUUAGAUCGUCCAACACGUUCCAUCCGUCUGCUUUAGACGGAUAGAACGACUGACGAUCGUCCCAGGGACAAACGUCGAUCUUCACAUGCGACGAACUAAACUAAUAACUAAAAAAUUUGUAUGAUAAUCUAUAUUCAGCCUCGUUGGGGAGAAAAUUUAUUAAAAUUACUUUUUGGUCUGAUUCAGUUGAUUGGUUCGACGCGUCCUAAGUUCGACGUCUGACCCAACAGACGAUCUUAACUUAAUUUAGGUCGACCCAAGUUAGAGUUUGGUUCGUCUCAUGAAAACUUCGACGUUUGGCCUAGCCUAAGUCCUAGGUUAAGAUUAUCCAGGGUUAGUGUGAACUUUGAUUUCGGAUAUGAAACUGAUCUAGACAAGCAAAGUUUGUUUAAUUGUCUACAAUUUUGUCAUUGGAUUCUCUAAAAAGAUAGAGAAAAUUAUUCCCGGCAAUGCCUUUGAACAAAAAAAAAAGAAACCGGGAUUGAAAUAACGCUAGGUUAGGGCAAAUCAUCGGCCUUUGAACAACUGGGCCCAGAUGUUUAUACUGAGCACUUGGUGUACAACCACGUUACGAGGCCGCCAUAUUGGUUGAAAAAACAAUUUUUUUUUUCGUAGAAUUUACAUGAAAAAAGAGUUUAGUUCCAACGAAGGGAAUCGACUUAAAUUUAUUUUUUCAACAAAUAUGGUCACCGUGACGUCAGCUUCAAACCAGCAACACGUCCGCCAAUCAAGUGACUUCUCAGCCUCGGGCAUUACUCUCCGAUAUCAGCCCAGCCAAUUUUGUUAAUUUGUGUCGUGGCCCGUGUUGCGGGAUCGCCAUCUUCUUUACGGGGCCAGCAGGGGCAUAAAAAAUUAGUUCAUUUCAUUCUCUAGAAUAGGCAACGUCUAGCCUCCAGUAGUAUAGGAAUAUUUGCCUAGCUUUUAAUCUUUUCGCCGACCUCUCUUGUUCGAAUAACUAUGGUGUCCCUUGCAAAUUCGCACAAGCGACCCGAAGCCCUCACCAGUACUUUGGUAAGUGACGUCUCACUGGCAGUGAUGAAUCGAUCACAGACAAACGCAUGAAAUGGCCCCUCCCUCCUGUAAAGAUCGCUUUGUCUAACCCAGUGUGUAACAUUUCUGACUUAUCCUUUCCUUUAGCUAUGAUUAUGUGAUAAUUACAAAUGAGAAAGACUUCACGUUCGGCGAGUAUGUAUACUGUGGUCAGCGGACGGGGCAAACUGUUCUUAUCACUGGACGCUUAGCAGUGAUACAUUUCUACUCAGAUAACGCUGUUGAAGAGAGGGGAUUCCUCCUUCUAUUUAGCAUUACUCCACACGGUAUGUAUAAUAUAACCGAGUAACAGGAUCAAAUCCCAUUUAAACCUGCAGGGAUGCUAGUAUCAGAAUCAGUCUACGGUCCAGUAGCCUAACAUGUUCCGGGCUCCGAGUUGGUCAGGUCCGCGAAACUGAGAAAAAACAAACACGAAAAUAAAAUGGGAGGAAACUGGAGAGAGGAAGGGCGGCCCGCCACUGGCCCCUCUUUUCCCAGAUCACGGGUUCUUUUUUCACCUGCCUUUCAAUUGUGCGUCAUCCCUACUAUCUGAGAGCCUGUUCCAGGCUCUGCUUCUCCAAACUGUGUAGACAUUUCUGGACGCUAAGGAUAUCUUGUUACUUCUACUGUUUAUAAUUCAGUCACAAUAUAGCAUAGGUCAUGUUUAUAUGUCAGCAUAAUUGCCUUGCAUUUUUGAGUGAAAUCGCAUUUUCUAUAAUAAAAAAAAAUGCAACCCCGUUAAUACGGACACCGAUGGGACAUGCCACAGUGUCCGCAUUAGGCGGAUUAAUUUUAGAGAAAGUAUAUGAGUCUUUUUUUCCGCCGGGAAAAACGAGACUGUCCGUUAUAUACAGGAGUCUGUAUUAAGCUAGUGUCCGUAAUGAGGGGUUCCACUGUACCUCAAUUACUAAUCUUUGCUUAGUCAAGUUGAAAAGUCUCUCCUUUGUAAGUAAGAGUUUUAGUCGAUAACUUUUUAGAGGGUGUUUGCAUUACAGCCUUAACGUUGAAAAAGAUCGAUAAUAGAGAUGAAAUAACUAUCUUUUGUCAAUAUGUAUAAUCAGAUAUUUCAGCGAAGAUUAAGAUCUGAUGAAUACAUGCCUCAACUUCAACUUUAUUGCUUAAUAAAAUUUACUUCACAUUAAUAUAAGUCUAGCCGAAUUUUUGAAAACGUUAACGCCAGAAGACUAGGUAGAAUGGUUACUGAGAAGUAUGGGUAAUCAAAUAGUGACGAGUGAAAUUAGGGAAUAAUUUCAUGCGGGUUUUGUCCAGCACUGAAAGUUUUAAAGCUUAAAUCUUGGCUUAAUUUAUAAGUUCAUCCUUUUUCAGUCCUUUCAGAUGUGCUCUUUUAAGUUUGGGUGAGUCGAGAAACUCAUACAAACUUGCACUCUUAUUCUUAUUUUAUUUUGUUUUUUGUGUUUAUCAUCAGCACCGCCGAAAAUAAUUCUACCGGCAUCAGCUCCUGUUAUUCGAGUAUUACCAGGCUUCCGAAUGACAUGGUCUGCUACAGGAAGUCCCCCUAUAUACACUGCACUGAUAAGGAAUACUACAUUACUGGCAAAUACAUCAGGCAGCAUGACAGUGCAACUACACGAGGAAGGGAACUUCACCUGCGUGGCCACAAGCGAGUAUGGGACAGACGUGAAGCAGUUCUCAGUCGUCUUAUCCGGUUAAGUAUUUCAUCACCCCCAGGAGAAGAGGGGUGUACUCAAGGGAAGUUUGGGUAUAGGUGUGCCGCCUAGACCUUCAAAUCCUGGCCCGGAAAUUGCUUAUUUCGCUACCCUAUUUAACACAAGAGAUCGUAUUUUAUUAUUUCCAGAAUUAAGUAACGAGGCGCGGACGAUUAUAUGACAUUCAGCAUUCAGUAUACACCCAAAAAGACUCCAUGGCGCUAAAUACUGAAAUUGUAUAUGACUCUUUUUAAGACAAAAUACCCUUAAAACCAUACCAAAACCAUCAGCGGCACAUUCCCGUCUAGGAUAAAUAAGGGGGUGCCCCUCCCCGAGCACCCUUUAAGAUAAAUUCCCUUAGAAUUGUGAAAUUAUCAGGAUAGACCUUUUACACUGAGAAGAUAUUACAUAGAGUAAAGUGGCUAUGAAACACCUCGACGAUCGACUGACAAAAAUUCUCCUCGUCGCGUCGGUGUUUUUUUCUCUCUCUCUUCUCAGUAUUUAAUAUGAGCUAUUCGGUGUUUAUAAUUUUUUAUUUAUUUGUUGAUUUGCCCUUUAUAGAUUGUGGGCCUAAAUGCCAAGAGGGAGAAGACAAGUGGUAUUAUAGUGGAAAUACUUUUGUAUGCAGCAAUUUGAUGUCAGCAGAAGACAUUAUUAGUUGCGUUCCAACGAUCGCCGAGACAAUGUAUGAAACCAGUAAUAAUAAAGAUGGCCAUACACGCACGAACACAGUUUUCUUGUAAUUAGAGCCCAGCCUAUGUAUAAAUUGUAAAAUAAGUUGAAAUAUUGUCCUUAAUAAUGUGCCCUGCCAGCCUUUCAGAUAAAAUUGUUUAUUUCGACAAGAAUCUUAACAAAAAGAGAUCAGGCAGCAAAAAGGACAGGACCAGCUUUACUGAUUGUUGUGCAGUUAGUAAGUUAUGUGCUCAUAAUAUAAUAUGAUCUCUAAUCCUAAAUUACAUAAAAUAACUUACAGGGAUUUUGUCACAAACAAAUUUCUCAAAUUUUCCAGAUUUGUGGAAAAAAGCAACCUUUUGCAGUUUCCACCUUGGAUGUUUUCAUACAUGGCAAAUCUGAAGCAGCUGUAAGUUUAAUAGCAACCCAUAAUUGCGAUGGUAAAUUGUAAUAUGUUGACAAGUUGAAACGCGUCCAUGCGUUCCAGAACGAAUUGGAAUUUGGAAGAGCUGCAUUGGUUUUUGAGAAGAAGGGAAAACCGGAGUACCCGUAGAAAAACCUCUUGGAGCAAGAGAGAAAACCAAAAACAAACCCAAACCACAUAUGGCGUCGACGCCAGGAUUUGAACUUGGGCCACUGUGAUUGGUGGAAGGCGAGUGCUCUCACCACAGUGCGCCACCCUUGCUCCAUAGAGGUUGCUCCGCAUAAUAAAUCAAUGCCUAAUUUUCCUCUCUUUUAUCACUACUACAUUUUUCGUUCCAUAACCAAUAUAGAGCGUCAUUAGACGAAAUAAACAAUAUUUCCAACGUAUUUUAACUUUUUUAUCUUCUUUGUAGACAUCUGAGAUCAUGUAACCUCCAAAAAUUAUAUUCCCAACAGUUUACGAAUUUAACGAAAUUAAAAGAACUGUAAGUAAUUUAUCGUAAGCCAAAUUUUUUUCUACAACAAGUGCACAAGUACAUAUUUCCCAUAAAAUCCACCGAACGUACUUAGCUGUUGGGUUGUAAUUUUCGCCAAUAAUAACUUUUAAAUGUUAUUAUAUCGUUCCUCACUGUGCAUAUGUCCAUGCACAUGCGCUCAAGAAGAAGACUUCAACAUGUAAACAUGACAGAGGUGGGUUCAUGCAAUGGCAUAGCGCUUAUGUUUAACUUAGUGUGAACGCUCCACUAAUAGCGAUGUAUUACCAUACAAUAGACAAACCACAUACAACGCACAAUCUAUUGAUUCGCUGUAACGAAAGCGAUAAAGAACUCGAAAUAUCAGUUUCCAAUUUUUUACAGUGGUAAAUUGACCAUUUUUGCGCUCUUCUUUACUUCCUCAGAGAUUUGUCGGUGAACAAUAUUACUUUACUGCCUCACGGAAUCUUCGCUACGAUGAAAAACUUAAAAAAACUGUAAGUAAAUGUUUAAGAAGUAACGGUAGUACAAACCGAACAUGAUGAAAAUUCUGUAUUUUAUAUCAAUCAAUCAAUCAAUCAAUAACUUUAUUUACCCACGAUACCUCAUGAGGACUUAAGAUAACAUACUAAAAGGCAAGUUAACGAUAUCAUAUGAAAAGAUUAGAAUAAUGCUACAACUUUACAGACUAGCUUCUUUGUAUUUUGUGUAUACUAUAUAGCCUGCUUUCCAAGAGACUAUUUCAGACGUUUUUCUUAGAAAUAUUAAUGGAAAUUGACGUUAAAAGCUUUAAAUGUCAUUGUAAACAAGCAAACUGAGCAGAACAAUUUUCCAUUCCAUACACAGGCACGUAAUUACAGACCUUUGAAAUGACGGAAGAAUGUUUAAAACUUUGCUAAAAAAAUUAGGGUAUUUUAAUUACUAGAUUUGAUUUUGGAAUGUUGCGUUAUUAGGCUUUUGUUUUCAAACGGUAUAAAAUCUCUAGAUGAAGAUGUGUUUGCCAACUUGUCAAGUCUGGAAAGGCUGUAAGUGUCUUCAAAUGCUAGGUUUAUAAUAGAGGAGAGCUUUCUGGAUUCGAACAUUUCAAUUCAAGAUUUGUUUUUCUGAUUACAUAAAGAUGCAUGAAUACAAUAGUUGGAACCUCUCGUGAACGACCACCUCCUUUAAGCGACCGCGACCACUUUUCGGGGCUGAAAGUUUAAUGAAUUUCCAUUGUCUUUUCACCUCUUGUAAGCGACCACUUCAAGCAUUGUCUGAUCUUUAUGUUCACUCUACGCACUCUGUAGUUAAAAAAGACAAAGAACUUUUAAUAACAUCAUAGAACUACGCACACGGUAACCUAGAUAUUGAAUUCAAGGGAAUAUCUACCAUCAAGUAGAUAUGUCAAGACCUCUUCUUGGAUUCUUGUAAACGGGCACAUCUCUUAAGCGACCAUGAAUAUUCUUCCCAAUUUGGGUGCUCGCUUACAAGAGGUCCGACUGUACUUGGUAUGAAGUAAUGUUCUUGGAUUAACAGAUCGAUGUGGGUAGAUGUUGUUGGUAAAAUUUUUAAAUCAGUAUUCCACUUACUAGUUUGAAUUGAAUUGUUGCUUUUCAGCCCCAAUUGUUUAUCGCGGAUAAAGGAAGUCGUGGUUCAACCCGAUAAUGGGUUUCGCCUGCAACCCCCCCCCCCCCGGGGGGGUACAAAACAAAGAUUUGUAGGGGCAGUCUACGCCCUAGGUCCAACCCUUAACCCAUUUAUAUACCAUUUUUGAAAGAAAAGGUGCCCCUAUCAUAUACCUUCUAUUGACAAAUGAUACCCUUUUCACAUACCUAGUUUAACUUAUGGAACGAUCUGCCUCUUCACAUCCGUAGUGAGGACAAUUUUGAACGUUUCAAAUCUUUACUUAAAACGCAUCUUUUUAGACUUGCUUCCGAUAUGGAAAGUUUUUAACCUGUUAUGUAAUGUAUCUAGUGUUUCAUUUAAAUUUUAAGCUUUAUUUACUUUUUAGCUUUAAUUACUAUAUGUACAUUUGAGCUUUUUUUAACAUUUAAAGCAUUGUAACACGCUUCAUCAUAUUUGCACGAAAAAGGCGCGUACAUCUGCUGGCCGUGUUAGCCUGAAAUUCAUCCGAUUGCUUCGAGUCGUUUUCUCCCCUCAACAACGUCUGAAUCGACCAGCCGUUAAUGCCGUCCAGUGACGUCACUCACUACCCGAAAACCGGGUAGUGAUUUUGAUUGGUUGAUUGUCUAAACACUCGUAUAAUUAUGUAUAAUUAUGAAAAAUUUUAGCGGGAUUGUCAUUUGAUAUUCAGCGGAUCGCAUCCCUGGCAUUCUUUCGGUUAGUUCAAACAUUUCUAUGAGCUUAAUCUUUAUCUUAAACAGCAAAAUUGCCCUUGUCUUCGAAACUGAAAUGUUAAAUUGAACUGCGAAAUGAAGAAUCAUCGCGGAGAGUCGGUAGGUGAGUUUUCAUUCAGAGCCGCUUUGUGGUUUCGGCGGCCGGUGAUUUUGUUUACGCGAAGUUUUCUGAAUUUUAAUUCGACCUUCUUGCUAUUUCACCGUCAAGUGUGAUGAUUCUGUUAGCUUUUCUUUCUUUUCUCCUUGUUUUUUUCUUCGUUAAGGACCAAAUAGCUUCUUUUCAAUUAAAGCAAAUCAUUUUGUUUUUGAACUAAGUGUUCCGUGUGUGUUUUUAUCAUGUCUUAUUUCAUUGCGUGAUUGCGACCGACUUUGAUUAUAGAAUUUAGUACAACCGGUUUAGAGUUGUACCGCAUGCAGUUGAUUGUUUGAACCUUAAACAUGAACUACAAUCGAAAAAAAUAAAGCAGUUCUGUAUCUUGCAGACAUUUCCAAACGAUAUUUCUCGGUUUGCCACUUGAAAAUCGUGUUUUGCUUUUUGCAUGAAUUAAAGCAAAGGUCAAGGAGUAGUGACGUCACUGGACGGCAUUAACGGCCGGUCGAUUCAGACGUUACUGAGGGAGUAAUAACGACUCGAAGUAAUCGGAUGAAAUUCAGGCUACUGGCUGUGUAACCAUCCCUCACCCAUGAGAGACAGAGCACCACACUGGGUACUACGCCCCCUAAUGUUUACGAACAGUGUGUGUGGGUUCUUUAACGUCCCACAGGAUUUAUAUGAGCAAAGGUGUUGUGGGACCGGGCCUUUUGCUUAUCGAGAAGACUAGAAAGUCUGCCCUUUUGCAGAUGCAUUUACAAAGGCAGCACUUUCUCCUCAGUUUUUUAAUUACCCUGCUUGUUGGUCCAACCGGGGUUUGAAUUCGGAUUUGAAUUAGUAGCCUCCCGUUCAGCAGACCGUGGCUUAUCCAAUUGAGCUAACCGGGCGGCGGUUUACUUUACUUAACAGGUUCCUACGCGACAAUGUCAUAACAUUUCUCCCCAAAAGACUGUUUGUGAAACAAGAAAAGCUGACAUUUCUGUAAGUAGGCUUGGCAAUGAUACAUUCGGCUCGUUUUAAUGUUAGAUGUGAUCCCUGCGGUGUUGCAUCUGAAAAUAAAGAUAAUUUCAUGAUGAGCAUUGCAAAGGUACUACUAUCCAGACUGGAUCAGUCCCAGCACCAACCGUCAAAUAAAGAAACAGAUUGUUCAGCAAUUUUCAGGGCAUUAGGGCAAAACUAGUUGUUCUCGACGACCAGGUUGUCUUAUAAUAUUUCUAUUUGGUAUCUCAAGGUUUCUUAAGAAAAGGAAUCGGAGAUAGUCUUGAGCCCUAUAUGCUAAGGUCCGUGCUCAGGUCAAUGCUAAGGUACCAAACAGAACAUAAAAGACCUGACGUUUCUACCAUCCCAUGCAGACGUUCUCUUAGGGCUUCGUAAAGCGAGUUUCAUGCCCGGGGGGUGCUGUGAGAUACGCGUGAAGAAGCCUUUAAUUCGUUCUGCGUGGGAGGCACACAACACACCUAAUCUUCCAAAGCAACUCAAAUAGGUGUCCUUGUAACCUUUCCAAUGCGGCUAGUCCUAUUACGUUAAUGGAUCAAUUUACAUUUCAGGGAAACUGCCCACUUACCCUUCCGGUAAGCCAUCAUUUUGCCCUAAGUGAGAAGUAAGUGUUAAUGUUAGCCUCGAGGAGGGGUAGGUGGGCAGUUUCCCAGAAACUUAAAUAAUCCAAGUUAAUAAAUGAUGUGAAUGUGGUUAUGUUUUUGAUGGUGCUUGUAAAAUCUACUCUGCAGGGAUCUGUCUCAAAACUUCAUUACAUCUUUGCCAGACGGAAUGUUUGCCUCUCAAAGAGAUCUGUACACUCUGUAAGUACAAUUUUUUAGCCAUUUGUACUGUUUCCUUUUGACUUGCAGCUCAAAUAACGAGAAAAAAAUGACCAGUUCAGUCAUUAACGUAGCUCAUUUUCCUCUUCUUACAUCACACUUUCACUGGUGUUUUCAGUGAUGAUUUUGCUUCUAUUUUAAGAGCCAUUGAAAAAGCAAAUGGCGAUUCAAAUCGAACGCGUAAACAUGAAUUUUUUUGCAAUUUAAUGCGCCCAAUUUACGAAAAACAUACUUCGGAGAUAAAGUUUUGGCGUCAGUUGCGCCAACAAUCACUGCGUAAAUAUUGGAAAAUCUUUAAAAGAACAACCACCCCAUAAACUGGCUUUACGUAGGUUUAAUCAAUACUAUAAUCAUGAAGAAAUAUUUUCAGUUUAUUGAUGGUUGGUUUUCACAGGUAUUUAUCUUCUAACUCCAUUAACUCACUACGCGAAGACGUAUUUGCUGGAAAUCCCUCUCUUAGUUACUUGUAAGUGGAAAAUAUAUUCUCAUUUUGGUCAUUCUUUAUCUGCACUGGUUCCUAUUCAGUGUUUUUGUAAAUUUUAAUAUUUGCCUGCAGUGUUCUCGUAGAUAAAUCAAACCUUUAGAUAUGUACGGUAUCUAUUUUUUCUCUUUUGGAACCAGAAGGAAUAAAUGGAAGACUCUCCAAUAUCCAUUCGAUUUACCCGCUAUUUCCUCUAUUCCAAUUCCCAGGAUUAAGUCGAAAAUAUUCUAACAUUCUGUCCCGGGAGGCAGAAUGCUCAUUAAAUAACUUUGUUUCCUUCGCUUCCCAUUUUCACGACGACGAGGAAAACGACGAACGUCAUCGGUGACGAGGAAGAAAAGGGACUGCACAAAAAUGGUUACCACAAGAGUAAUGGAAAAGAUAAUGUCUUGGCAUUUUUCCUUGAAAUACCAAAUGUCUUGAUAUCGAUUCCAAUAAUAACUCGAAGUUCACAACGUAUUAUGUUUCCACAGAGAUUUAUCUUCAAAUGCUUUAACAACUCUACCACUAGGAGUUUUUGCCACCUUAAAAGACCUUUCUUACUUGUAAGUGAAGUAAAGAAACAAUAGGAUCGAUGUUUUAUUACGCACUAAUUAUUGAACAAUAAGAGCAGAAAGUUGGCAAUUGACCUUAAUAUGAACAUCCUAUAUCACUAGUUAAGAGCUUUCUCACAACAGACACGUUGUCUCGGGACCCCUCCUUCGUCCCCAGAGUCUUGAGCCCACGAUAUGGUCAUAUGAUACUGGUUAGCGGAUACUCUGUUCUUAAAUUUGUCAACUGAGCUUAAUAUGGAACAACAAGAUAAAGACAAUGCUUGCCUGGACUCCACAGAAAAAAAAAGAAAGAAAGAUGCACUGACCACCUUCUAUGAAAAGGGGUACCGCACGCACGCGCAGCUUCGUUGCUAUUAAUCGUUAUUGUGAGUUGUUCUUUGCGUAGCUCAAAAAAUGAGUUGGAAUUCUACCAAAACCAACGAGAAUAUGAUUGACCCAAUGAUUUAUCUUAUACCUUUCACACAGGUACCUGACGUCAAAUAAGAUUUCCAUUUUACAAGAGACACUGUUUUCUAAUCUAACUGAGUUGUAUUCUCUGUAAGUAAAUUAUGCGGCAUGCAGUCUCCUACACGGUUGAAAUCUUGUGCAUCAAAGUAAAGUGAUUAAAGUACGUAAAAUAAAGAAUGAAAGAUUUAAGAUAGGCUUAGUUUGAAAUACAAUUUAGCAGUAUGACAAAUUUCUACUCUAAGCUCUUUAGUCAUUAGAGUAUAAAGAGGAAGAAAGGGCAUCCCCAUCCAUGCAUUUUUCCAUGAGUAAUUCGUCUAGAGAUAUUUUUCGACCCGUUCCCUUUUUUUUUGGAACUUUUUUUUUAUUUACAAUAAUGGCAUUGAAAUACAAAAAUACAGAAACACACUAAAAGGGAAAGAGAACAAAAAAUAAAUGAAAAUUACUUACAACAACAUAAGUAAUACUAAUUUACAAUAUCAUUGCUUACAAUUUACAUUAUUAGCUUAAGUUAAUUACAUGUGAUAAGUCUAAAAGAGAUAAUAAUUACUUUAAGUUAAUCUUUCGAUGUUCCAUUAUAUCUUUUCUUGUUUUAUCAAACGACAUUAAUCUUAUCUUUUUUUGGAUGAAAUUAAUCUUAUGUAUUUAGUACGUAUUUAAAGAAAUGAAUAAAGAUAAUAAUAUUUGUAAUAUUUGGAGCUUGGGCAUAGUCCUAUAUAAAAUCAUAGUUAUUAGAGGAGACUGGUUAUGAAAAGCGGCAAACAUCAAUGAUAAUAACAACAGUGCUGCAGUUUAUGUUGGAAGUACCGUGAAAGUGCACAAUCCUUUGUUUUCUGUUGGCAAAUUGUUACGGAAUAAAUUAAUGCAACGUUUUUAUUGGUCAAUACAAUCAAAAUGAUAGGAAUUCUUUUGAACGUUGUGCACUUUCAGGUCCACAAAUACAUAUAACAAAGGAGUCUGACGGGUUUCAUAACCAUUCCACUCAAUUAACUAUGAUAAAAUGUAGAAUAAUUUGACAUUGCUUCUUUUUUGGCUCAGAGGAAUAUCCCUUUAUUUACAGGAAGUUAAAUUCAAAUAAAAUCAAGUUUCUCCCUGAAGGAAUAUUUGCCAAGCAAACUGAACUCUUUUACUUGUAAGUGUGCCUCAUCUUCAUCUGCCUGCCCUAAAUAACAAAGAUGACGAUGUCAUUAGACCACCACAGUGUUAUAUAACUGAAAUAUAAAUACUCGGAACACUCCCGUAUGAAAACUAAGGGGGUGCUCCAUGAUCGGAAAAUUAGAUUUUAAGGGGCAGUGUUUAGUAACGGCUAUCCUUCUCAUUUUGUCAAUAAUGUUAAUUAAGCGUUCUUUUUCGCUUUGGACCUUGAAAAAUUACUUGUGAAUGACAAUAUCUGAUCUUCGUGUCAAAGGAAGAUAUCUCCCGAUGCAUUAUAUCAAACAUUACAAACAAUACAAGUGAAAUUUUUGUUCAAGUUCUGUCCAUCCGUUCCUCCUUUUUGUAUUUGUUGUGUUAUUUAUAACUCAGCUUUUUACUGUUUAAGUCGACGUUUAAAUCAGUUAGUUGUAUGUUUCACUCAGUUUGGUGACAGUUCUCACUGUUUGACUUUUGAUAAAUUUCGUCACACAGCUUCUUUAAAUUCUUGAAAGAGACCAUUCCGGGUGUGAUUUAGGUUACAUAUUCGACCCCUAAAAUAGACUAUUCUAAAACAUGCAACCAAUUCCCGGAACUAACAAAGAACAAUGGUUAUUUACAUUACGCGAAAGAUGUUUGAGUUGAUCAGUGAUGUACUGUGAAAUUCCCACAAUUUUCGGCUAGUGUUGGCUAGCAGUAAUUUUGUGAAAAUUUAAUAAUAUAAUUUCUUUGAUCAGUUUGGUGGUAGUUUUUCCUUUUUAUAGUUUUUUGUUUUAAAUCACAUGGUGUCACCACCUCCUUGGAUGAAGCGUAUGCACGUUUUUUUGGCCUGAUGACAGUAGCUGACAAACAACUGUUUUGCGCCACUGAAUUCUUCUAUAUAUUCUUAAAGAGGCAUGCCCUCUAACUUUAACUAGCUGCUCCUUUAGAACCCAUAAUCCUAUGCCCCCUCGCCUCCUAGCAAUGAUUGUUUCACAAAAUCGUAUUAAAUUUACAGAAAGCCAGAAUAUAUGUCCACCAAAUGCUUGUUUGUUCUUCAGUUGUUUUGUAAAACUUUCUCUUAGGGAUUUGUCUUCAAACCUGAUGACGAUUCUACCCGAUCGUAUUUUUGAUACGACCUCAAACCUGAGACAAUUGUAAGUACGAACUUGUCUUUACUUUAUUUGUAAUAUUUGGAUGAGGAUAGCAUUAUUUUCUGACAAAAUAAAAAUUAUUGCAGCAGUCGGCUAGAUGGCACAAUAUAUGGCAUACAGCAUAUAAAAUGUGGAUCACCAUGACCAUUACCACUAAUACAAUAAAAAUCUAGACGAAAAAAAUUCUAUCAAUUUUAAAGAAAUGCGUAAAAAAUUGGCACAGGUCUCGACAGGUCGAACAAGUUUUGCCCGGUACAAGUCACUCCUCCAUACCCCCAUAAUUUUUCCGUAAGACGGUCGUCAUCAACCGCUUACGCUCACGGGCGAACAUCUUGGCUUCAAAUGUACCGAGUCAAACCUGGUGAUGAAUAUCACAAAUUCUUUCCUCCCUCCCCCGAGGGCCAUAAACCUGGAACCCCCUCCCCGCCCCCCCUCCACCUUAAUGGUAAUCGCUCGAUCAUAAGGGACUACGAACAGUCUAUUGAACCAACCACACUGUCAUGAAUUGUUCAUUGACAAGGGUAACAGACACCAUCCAAACAUGGAACCUCCACAGUUCUGAUUCGCAUAUACAUUGGUAACACUACUUCGAAAAGUUAUUAUCAUAGAGGUUAUAUCUGGACAUUUAAGAGUGUUAAUGAUUUUCUUCAAUCAAGAUUCUGUCUCUAUGCCCCUAUCCGCGAUCACCUAUCAUUUAUAGCAUUUUCUCACCAGUAUUUAUUAUCAUAGGCACUACUUUGCUUUAAAUACCAAACGAAAUCGGAAAAGAAAUCUUCUACUUCAUUUAAACUUUCGUUUUACUCGACAGGGAGUUUUCUUCUAACUUUAUCAAAGUCUUACCCGAUCGAGUUUUUAACGCACUGACUGAACUCAGAGUUCUGUAAGUAGCAGUGAGAUACGUGUCUUCAUUUUUCAUUAAAUAACUCCUCUAGUGUCAGAGUUAAAAGAAGGUGACUAUCAGUUUCAAUUCUGUUAACGAACUCCUGAGGUGUGAACAUUCAAAUGAAACCAUGCCCUCGGGGUAGUACUUUCACAUGGCACCUUUUAUUUAGUUUGUAGUUUUAACUUUCGAGUCGACUGUGAACGAAAUUUUGUGAUGUGCCCAUUUAAAUGAAACCAUUUGUUUUUACGCAUAUUUGCAAUGCAAAAUGUGGUCAUUUUGACGAAUUUUGACUUUAGACACUUUUAGCAAGUGCCUGAACGGUUAAAGCAGUUAUAAAUUUGCCCACUGAAAGUUAUUAUAAGUAGCCUUACAGUAAAAAAUAAUCUAUGAUAGCACCUUGUGAGAAGUGAUGAAUAAAUAUAGGCUCACGGUUAACUCAUUCCCUCAGUUCCUGAAACGUUUGUCGAAAAACGCCUUUUAAAGCUAUUCGAACCGUUUUAUGGUCUCUGUUUGGCCAAAAAGAGUCAAAACACAGUUUGCAAGUCUAGCGCUACGACUUGUUCUGUUCUUGCUACAAGAUAUCAGGUUUCGAAGUCCGUGCAUGCGCGGAAGGCAAAAUUUUGAGACAGUCCAGCUCGACUUUUUCCUUUCGCUUUCUCUAUCUACUGCAGUCUUAUUUCGCUUUUCUUGCCCCGUUUUAUUUUUCUUUCGCUGGACAUUUACCACGCUAGCGUCAUUUCGGUGGGAAAAUGUUUCAGAAAUACUUUUUGGACCUUAGGAUAUGUUGGAAGGAACUGGAGUUUAAUAAUGGCACUAGAUCUUUAUUGAAAUUUUUAGGUCAAACUUAAUUUUUUUGUUUUUUUUUUGCGUUUAUCUCAACUGUUUAAAUAAAACGUGCUCAUUCGGGUUUAUGGCUUGAAAGAUCCCUUUUUGCUGCACAAGUUAGAUUUCAAACUUGCCUUUGAUCUUUGCAACUGAUGACGUCACAAGCGGUACAAGUGACUUGGAGUCACGCGGUUACGGGAUGGGAAGGUGUGAAUGGGUUUGAGGUAACAUUCACUGACUAACUAUCACAUAUAUUUUUUUCCGUCUCAGAAAUCUGUCUUCAAACGAUAUCAGAGAAAUUAAAACAGAUGUCUUCUCAAAUCUCACAAAACUAACGACGCUGUACGUUGAGAAGUUUAGUAAAGUGAUCUUUUAAGAUUUUAGGUUAAGAAAAAAUGAAAUAUAAACGAAACUUAUGUAAAAAAUGAAAUUUUAAGAAAUGCAGUCUUUCGUUAUUAUAUCUCCCCAGCAUUAGCUCAUCUGCCUCAAUAAUUGCAAACUUGAGGAGGUAGAUGUUGAAAAUACCUUGGAGUUUAGUGCACUGACAUAAAGCAAUCAGCUUUUCUCUAUAUGUGUGAAAAGCUAGGCUAUCUUGUUUUGUACCGAGAGAUGUGCUAUUGAAAGAUUCAAGCAAACUAUACUGCCAGUUCUGUACCAUGGUUCAAUUGUUUGGCUUGAUUGUCCCAAGGUUAUAUCCGAAAAGCUUGAAAGAUUUAAGAAUCAAGCUUUGCGCACUCCGAAGCAGAUCGAAAAAAGUGCUCAAAACGGAGGCACAAAAAGGGUGGUCUACUCUCGCUAAAGAGUCGCAAGACAACUGGUCUUCAAGAUUGUACAUGAUUAUAACUGUCCCGAGCAUCUUAUCUCGUAUCUCCUUCUUGUCAUAUAUAGUUUACAUUCUGAAAGAUCCUUAGGGGACGAGUUACUGUAUUUUUUAAAUCUUGCUCGCACGAAAUCCACAAUGGGUCAAAACCUUUUCAAUAUUCCACUACCAAUGACUGGAACCUUUUACCGAAAAGGCAAAGAUCAAUAGAUAACUUAAUCACAUUUAAGUCCAAGAUUUAUGUACUUUCCUUUUUAAAGCAGACAAAAUUGACCAUCCGUGUUCGGUCGAAAGCUUUACUGGUUGACUAAACUGCAUAUCCAUUUUAUUAUCAUAAUGUCAUUUUAGCUCGAAUCUAAUAUAGGUUGUAAAUUCUAGAAGUGUAUUUUCUUAACUUUAGAUUUUAACAUGUUUUACAUCUAGACGGAUUUUUGAAAACAUUACCGCCAAAUGGACCUUUUAUCUCCAAAGUAGCCAUUAUAAAAACUAAGAAUUCAACCAUUGCUUUUUAAUUUACUCCUCCUUUCCUUCUCCUCGCUCUUUCUUUUUCUCCUUUGCUUUUUCCUUCGUUACCGUGAUUAAGAAACCUGCCUUAAGAAACCUGCCUUUUGACGCCUAUUCACUAAAAAUGAGGGCAAAUUCCUUUACGUUCGUUUUCAAAAAAUCGGCUAGACAUAUAGUAAUUAGAUGCAGCAAUAUUGGCUGCACAUGAAGUUAUACCAGUAUUGCUUACUGUAUAGCUGAUUCAUUCUGCAAGGUAUAUAAGUUUUUACUAAUUAAUUUACUUAGUUAAUGAUGUAUGCCUUUUGAUUUGUGUAGGGAUAUUUCGUCGAAUGGACUAAAAAGGUUACCCUCCAAGUUUUUCACUUACGAAGAAAUGUUUCUUCUGUAAGUUGACGCUUAGUCUGAAUAAAGUAACGAAGACGUUAUUAUUAACAGACUUCUUGCUUGAUUCUCGAUGUACUGAGAUACUUGUGAUAUAGAUCGCAAGGUUUUCACUGCUUACUGCGAAUCUUCUUCUGGCAAUGCUCAGUGCCCUUUUUUAUCACAAUGGUUGGCGGUUAUUGAUGCAUUCAAUCCUCACUGUGAGUGCUAAACAGAGGAAUCCUCCAAUUUACCUACUAUUCUCCAGUCGUGUUUCCCUACCGCUGGCAUCGAUCCACUCAUUGGGAAUUUCAAUUAAACUAUUUUUCGGACAUCAACAUGUAAAUGUUGUUGGGCCGGAUGAAAUCUUAUGUUGCUAUGGAUAUAUAUAUAUUUAUAUUCAUCUCACACUGCCCACCUACUGUAGACCAGCCUUUGUUAUUUGUGGGUGGUGAGAAAAUGAAAUUGUAAAUAUCUGAAUAAACCAAUUAAUGAAGUAAAUAAAUACAUAAAUAAUCAGCGCUCGAUUCUAACUGAAUCCGAGGUUCUUACUUCUGUAAUUUCUGGUCUGAGCUGUAAGCACUUUAUCUUCAUUAAUACAGCAAAACGUGAUACAAUUCAUGGCCAAAAAAUGGGUGUUAGUAAAACGUGAGUUCAGGGUCGGGGUCUAUCUCUUUUCAAAUAAUGCUGUUUUAGGGUUAGGGUUAGGAUUAGAGAUGACACUAACCCUAACCCUAACCCUAAAACAGCCAUUCUUUAAGAAAAAAGAUAGACCCCAACCCGGCGUUUUAUUGACACCACCCAAAAAUAGAGUUUUAUUGCCUUUGUAUGGACUGAUCUUCGUAUUUCCACUGUCCUCUUUCAGCGACCUCAGUUCAAACAACAUUCAAAACCUCACCAAGAAGGAAUUUGUCAGUCUUAAAUCUUUAAGUUAUCUGUAUGUUUGA